GUGGCACUAAGACCCAGAAACCACUUUCUCCGUGUGGCUGGAGCUCGGCAGGCUGUGCUCGCACGGAGGGAAGGAAGUCAUUAGUGCAGACGGAGCUGUGGAGUUGGGUUCUUGCAGGGUUUCCUUCCAGCUUCCCCCACUAAGGUUCUUGGGAAUGAAAAAAAAAAAAAACCUAAACACACAAACCAAGUUUUCCUAUUUACGUGUUCAAAGAAGGUAGGCUUUUCGGGAAGGGCAGAUCCCUUUCCUCAAGUUAUCCAAGAAAGAAGAGAAAGCAGCAGAAAGAAGCUCUGAUUACAGAUCUUUGGAAUUUUCUUUUUAAAAUUUACAAACAAGAAAUAUACACAGAAUUUUGGGAAUUGCUCCAGGCUGCACGUGAGGGUUUGAUUUGAUUGCUUAUCUUUCUUCCCUUUUCCUCUCUCUUUUCUUUCUUUCUUUCCUUUCUUUCUUUCUUUCUUUUCUUUCCUUUUCUUCCUUUUUUUUUUUUUUUUUUUUUUUGAGAAGAAGAGAAUUCGCCAACAGGGGUUUGGAUGGCAGGAGCCUGGCUGGGUUUCCGCAGCAGCUCGCAUUCUCAGCCUCUUCUCUGAGGGAGGGUCUCUGGCAGGCAGUCCUCGGAGACCCCCCGCCGCCCGCUCCUCUCGCAGGCGCUGGCUGGGGGAGAUGCCCGGCCCCGGCUCCGGCCCCGGCUCCGGCUCCGGCUCCGGCUGGAACACACCCGUUGCGGCCGGGACUUCUUAGCCCGCUGGGAAGUGUGUUCUGGCUUGCGGAUACUUUGCCCUGAACCGAAGGCUAAAGGAGCGGACUCUGGCUGGGCUUCCCGUCGCAGUGACUGUGGGGAACAGCUAGGGUGGGAGGAGGGCAGCAUGACUUGCAGUGGCCGCUGCCCUGCAUCUGCCCCCAGCCCCCAGCCCGCGUCUUGAUGUUCCACGUAUCGGCUGUACAAAUAUGAUGAAAUGGCAGCCCCGGAAGAAGGCCUACUUCCGGCAGGGUGUCGCCCUCCAGUAUCUUGGACGUCAUGCCGAUGCCCUGGCAGCCUUUGCCUCUGGACUGGCUCAGGACCCCAAGAGUCUUCAGUUGCUGGUGGGGAUGAUAGAAGCUGCCAUGAAAUCCCCCAUGAGAGAUUCCCUCGAACCCACUUAUCAGCAGCUUCAGAAAAUGAAACUGGACAAGAGUCCCUUUGUGGUGGUGUCUGUGGUUGGGCAGGAACUCUUGACAGCUGGCCAUCACGGGGCCUCUGUGGUUGUCUUAGAAGCUGCUCUGAAGAUUGGCACCUGCAGCCUCAAACUGAGAGGCUCUGUUUUCUCUGCCCUGAGCAGCGCUUACUGGUCUCUGGGAAACACAGAGAAGAGCACUGGAUACAUGCAGCAGGACUUGGAUGUGGCCAAGACUUUAGGUGACCAGACUGGAGAAUGCCGAGCUCAUGGGAAUCUGGGCUCUGCAUUCUUCUCCAAAGGAAACUACCGAGAGGCGCUCACUAACCACAGGCAUCAGUUGGUGCUAGCUAUGAAACUCAAGGAUCGAGAGGCAGCUUCAUCAGCCCUGAGUAGUCUGGGCCAUGUGUACACAGCCAUCGGAGACUACCCUAACGCACUGGCUAGUCAUAAACAGUGUGUUCUUCUUGCCAAGCAAUCCAAAGAUGAGCUUUCUGAAGCCCGAGAACUCGGCAACAUGGGAGCUGUGUACAUUGCCAUGGGCGACUUCGAGAAUGCUGUGCAGUGCCAUGAACAGCACCUGAAGAUAGCCAAGGACCUGGGGAACAAGCGAGAGGAGGCCCGAGCCUACAGCAACCUCGGCAGCGCCUACCACUACAGGAGGAAUUUCGACAAGGCCAUGUCUUACCACAACUAUGUGCUGGAGCUGGCGCAGGAGUUGACAGAGAAAGCCAUCGAGAUGCGCGCCUAUGCUGGCCUGGGCCACGCUGCCAGGUGUAUGCAGGACUUGGAGAGAGCGAAGCAGUACCACGAGCAGCAGCUCAGCAUUGCUGAGGACCUGAAGGACCGGGCUGCAGAAGGACGAGCGUCUUCCAAUCUGGGCAUCAUCCACCAGAUGAAAGGUGACUACGACACCGCCCUGAAACUCCACAAGACUCACUUGUGUAUCGCCCAGGAGCUGAGUGAUUACGCUGCUCAGGGCCGUGCCUACGGGAACAUGGGCAACGCCUACAACGCCCUAGGCAUGUAUGACCAGGCUGUCAAGUACCACCGGCAAGAGCUCCAGAUCUCCAUGGAAGUCAACGACCGGGCCUCGCAGGCUUCCACCCACGGCAACCUGGCUGUGGCCUACCAGGCCCUGGGUGCCCAUGACCGGGCCCUGCAGCACUAUCAGAACCACCUGAACAUUGCCCGGGAGCUGCGGGACAUCCAGAGCGAGGCCCGUGCCCUCAGCAACCUGGGCAACUUCCACUGUUCCCGGGGGGAGUACGUGCAGGCCGCCCCCUACUAUGAGCAGUACCUCCGGCUCGCCCCCGACCUUCAAGACAUGGAAGGAGAAGGGAAGGUGUGUCACAACCUUGGCUACGCCCACUACUGCCUGGGCAACUACCAGGAGGCGGUGAAAUACUACGAGCAGGACCUCGCACUGGCCAAAGACCUUCACGACAAGCUGAGUCAAGCAAAAGCUUACUGCAACCUGGGCCUCGCCUUCAAGGCCCUGCUGAAUUUCAGCAAGGCAGAAGAGUGUCAGAAGUACCUGCUGUCCCUGGCCCAGUCCUUAAAUAAUUCCCAGGCGAAAUUUCGAGCCCUGGGGAACCUGGGUGAUAUAUUCAUCUGUAAAAAAGAUGUGAGUGGUGCGAUCAGAUUCUAUGAGCAGCAGCUGGGCUUAGCUCACCACGCCAAGGACAGGAGGCUGGAGGCCAGUGCGUAUGCAGCCCUGGGCACCGCGCACCGAAUGAUCCAGAAGCACGACAAGGCCUUAGGUCAUCACACACAGGAACUGGAGGUAUAUCAGGAGCUGAGCGACUUGCCGGGAGAGUGCCGCGCUCACGGGCAUCUGGCCGCUGUGUACAUGGCCCUCGGGAAAUACACAAUGGCGUUCAAGUGCUACGAAGAGCAGCUGGACCUGGGGCAGAAGCUGAAGGAUCCGAGUCUGGAAGCCCAGGUCUACGGCAACAUGGGAAUCACAAAGAUGAACAUGUCUGUGAUGGAAGAGGCCAUCGGCUACUUCGAGCAGCAACUGGCCAUACUGCAGCAGCUAAGUGGGAACGAGUCCGUCCUGGACAGAGGCCGGGCCUACGGCAACCUCGGGGACUGCUACGAGGCCCUGGGGGACGAUGAGGAAGCCAUCAAGUACUAUGAACUGUACUUAUCUGUUGCCCAGAGUCUGAACCGCAUGCAAGACCAGGCCAAGGCUUACCAGGGCCUUGGAAAUGGACACAGGGCAAUGGGGAGCUUGCAGCAAGCCCUCGUGUGCUUUGAAAAGAGGCUUGUGGUCGCCCAUGAGCUUGGAGAGGCCUUUAAUAAAGCCCAGGCCUACGGAGAGCUGGGGAGUCUGCACAGCCAAUUGGGGAAUUAUGAACAAGCUAUUUCCUGCCUCGAACGCCAGCUAAACAUUGCUCGGGAGAUGAAAGACCGAGCUCUGGAGAGCGAUGCAGCCUGCGGCUUAGGAGGCGUCUACCAGCAGAUGGGGGAGUACGAUACAGCCCUGCAGUACCACCAGCUUGAUCUGCAGAUAGCUGAGGAAACCAACAACCCCACGCGCCAAGGCCGGGCCUACGGGAACCUGGGCCUGACCUAUGAAUCCCUGGGUACAUUUGAGAGGGCAGUGGUCUAUCAAGAACAACACUUGAGCAUCGCUGCACAGAUGAAUGACUUGGUGGCCAAGACUGUGUCCUAUAGCAGCCUUGGAAGGACCCAUCAUGCCUUACAGAAUUAUUCCCAGGCAGUCAUGUACUUACAGGAAGGUUUAAGGUUAGCUGAGCAGCUGGGCCGGAGAGAAGAUGAAGCCAAAAUUCGCCACGGUCUUGGGCUGUCCCUUUGGGCUAGUGGGAAUCUGGAGGAGGCCCAGCACCAGCUCUACAGGGCGUCGGCCCUGUUUGAAACCAUCAGACACGAGGCGCAGCUGAGCACAGACUACAAACUCUCCCUGUUUGACCUGCAGACGUCAUCCUACCAGGCGCUGCAACGGGUGCUGGUCAGCCUCGGCCAUCAUGAUGAAGCCCUCGCUGUGGCAGAAAGAGGACGGACGAGGGCAUUCGUUGACCUUCUGGUAGAACGUCAGACAGGACAACAGGACUCAGACCCCUACUCCCCGGUCACUAUGGACCAGAUCUUAGAGAUGGUCAACGGCCAGCGGGGCCUGGUCCUUUACUAUUCUCUGGCUGCGGGCUACCUGUACAGCUGGCUGCUGGCUCCUGGGGCAGGGGUUCUGAAGUUUCAUGAGCACUACCUGGGUGAUGCCACAGUGGAGCCUGCCGGUGACUUCCAGGCUGGCAGCACUGCGACCCUUCCAGUGGCCACCAGCUCCGCCCUAGAGCAGCACAUCACCAGCGCACGGGAAGCCCUGGGGGUGGAGUCUUACUACUCCAGGACCUGUGCCAGCAGCGAGACUGAGAGUGAAGCUGGAGACGUCACGGACCAGCAGUUUGAAGAGAUGAACAGCAGACUCAGCUCAGUCACAGACCCCACCGGCUUCCUGCGCAUGGUUCGCCGCAAUAACCUGUUCAACAGGAGCUGCCAGAGCAUGACGAGCUUGGUCAGCAGCCCCGUGUCGCCCGUCAAGGACGGAACCUCCUCUCUCCCCCGGAAGCAGAGCUCCUUUGCCAGGUCCCCGCUGAGGGCUCUGUAUGACCUGCUCAUCGCGCCCAUGGAAGGGGGCCUGAUGCACUCCAGCGGCCCCGUGGGCCGGCACCGGCAGCUGGUCCUGGUGCUGGAGGGGGAGCUCUACCUCAUCCCCUUCGCCCUCCUCAAGGGAAGCUCAUCCAACGAGUACCUGUACGAGCGCUUCGCCCUCAUCGCUGUCCCUUCCAUCCGCUCCCUCGGGCCGCAGUCCAAGGCCCACCUGAGGAAGACGCCGCCCACAUGCUCCAGCUCCACAUCCAUGGCAGCCGUCGUCGGCAACCCCAGGCUCCCGUCGGCGGUGAUGGACCGGUGGCUGUGGGGGCCCAUGCCGUCGGCCGAGGAGGAGGCCUACAUGGUGUCGGAGCUCCUGGGCUGCCAGCCCCUGGUGGGCAGCAUGGCCACCAAGGAGAGGGUCGUGAGCGCCCUGAGCCAGGCAGAGUGCGUCCACUUUGCCACCCACAUCUCCUGGAAGCUGUCGGCCUUGGUGCUCACACCCAGCACGGACGGCAACCCCUCAGGCAGCAAGGGUGCCUUCGGCCACCCCUACACCAUCCCCGAGUCCCUGCGUGUGCAGGAUGACGCCAGCGACGGGGAGAGCGUCUCGGACUGCCCCCCGCUGCAGGAGCUGCUGCUCACAGCGGCUGACGUCCUGGACCUGCGGCUGCCCGUCAAGCUGGUGGUCCUGGGCUCCUCGCAGGAGGCCAACAGCAAGGUCACCGCCGACGGCGUCGUCGCCCUGACCCGGGCCUUCCUGGCUGCGGGGGCGCAGUGUGUCCUCGUGUCUCUGUGGCCCGUGCCGGUGGCGGCUUCCAAGAUGUUUCUUCACGCCUUCUACUCGUCUCUGCUGAAUGGCCUGAAAGCCAGCACUGCUCUGGGAGAGGCCAUGAAGGCAGUACAGAGCAGCACGGCCUUCUCCCACCCCUCCAACUGGGCAGGCUUCCUGCUGGUGGGCACGGACGUGAAGCUCAACAGCCCGUCGUCGCUGGUCGGCCAGGCCCUCACGGAGAUCCUGCAGCACCCCGAGCGCGCGCGGGACGCCCUGCGUGUGCUGCUGCACCUGGUGGAGAAGUCGCUGCAGCGCAUCCAGAGUGGGCAGCGCAACGCCAUGUACACGUCCCAGCAGAGCGUGGAGAACAAGGUGGGCGGCGUCCCCGGCUGGCAGGCCCUGCUCACCGCCGUGGGCUUCCGGCUGGACCCCCCGGCCAGCGGGCUGCCGGCCGCCGUCUUCUUCCCGACGGCCGACCCGGGAGAGCGGCUCCAGCAGUGCAGCGGCACCGUCCAGGCCCUGCUGGGGCUGCCCAACCCUGCCCUCCAAGCCCUCUGCAAGCUCAUCGCCGCCUCGGAGACUGGCGAGCAGCUCAUCAGCCGGGCUGUUAAAAAUGUGGUUGCAAUGCUCCACCAGGUGCUGGUCCAGCUGCAGGUGGGCGACAAGGAGCAGGACUUGGCCUCGGCUCCCAUCCAGGUCUCCAUCAGCGUCCAGCUGUGGCGGCUCCCAGGCUGUCACGAGUUCCUGGCAGCUUUAGGUUUUGAUCUGUGCGAAGUCGGUCAGGAGGAGGUAAUACUGAAAACCGGGAAGCAAGCCAGCAGACGGACCAUGCACUUUGCACUGCAGUCCCUGCUCGCCCUCUUCGAUUCCACAGAGCUGCCCAAGCGCCUCAGCCUGGACAGCUCGUCCUCGCUGGAGUCUCUGGCGUCGGCCCAGUCUGUCUCCAACACCCUGCCCUUGGGGUACCAGCACCCCCCCUUCUCCCCCUCGGGAGCCGACAGCAUCGCCUCAGACGCCAUCUCCGUGUACAGCCUGAGCUCCAUCGCCUCCUCCAUGAGCUUCGUCUCCAAGCCCGACGGCGGCGCGGAAGGUGGGGGGCCCCGAGCGCGGCAGGACCCCGAGAGGCCCGGGGCUUCUUACGCCCAGCGAGCCGCCCUGCUUCGGAGCCGGCUGUCCCCCCAGGCCCGCGCGGCCGCCGGCAGAGAGGAAGAGGAAUACGAAGGCUUCUCCAUCAUCAGCACCGAGCCUCUGGCGGGCUGCCAGGAAGGCGGGAAGCCGCGCUUCUCCCCGGACCACAGGCAGGCCCGAGCCGGGCCGGCUGGAGGCGUGAGAGUCUCCGUCAGCUCCAAGGGGAGCGUGAGCACCCCCAACUCGCCGGUGAAAAUGACUCUGAUCCCCAGCCCGAACUCGCCCUUCCAGAAGGUGGGAAAGCUGGCGAGUUCAGAUACCGGAGAGUCGGACCAGUCGAGCACCGAAACGGACAGCACCGUGAGAUCCCAAGAAGAAAGCAGCCCCAAGCUUGACCCGCAGGAGCUGGCCCAGAAGAUUCUGGAGGAGACGCAGAGCCACCUCCUGGCGGUGGAGCGUCUUCAGAGGGGGGGCGGCCAGGCCGGCAAGAGCGGCGCCCCCGAGGACGGCGCGCCCGUCUUCCGGGCCUCGGAGACCAGCGCGUUCAGCAGGCCGGCCCCGUGCCGCCAGAAGGACCAGCCAUCCCCCGCCGCGAAGCCAAAGCCCCCGGCCAGAAGCUCGUCCCUCCCCAAGGUGAGCUCCGGCUACAGCAGCCCCACCGCCUCCGAGGAGUCCGCCAAGGACGGUCCUGCCGCCUCCGGCUCCGGCUCCGGCUCCGGCUCCGGCUCCCAGGCCUCCCUGAGCGACCAGCCUCUCUUUAAACUCAAGUACCCCAGCUCUCCUUACAGUGCUCACAUCUCCAGAUCACCCGGGAACACGUCCCCGGGCUCAGGCCACCAGUCCCCUGCGGGCAGCGCACCUUCGCCCGCCCUGUCCUACUCCUCGGCCGGCUCCGCCCGCUCCAGCCCGGCCGACGCCCCCGACGGGCACAAGCUGAAGGUGGCGGCCAUAGACGAGAAGGUGCAGGCGGUGCACAACCUGAAGAUGUUCUGGCAGGGCGCCCCCCCGCACCCCGCCGGGCCCCUGAAGAUAUUCCGGGGGGCCCCUGGCACCACGGCUUCCAGAAGAGACGUCCUGAGUCUCCUGAACCUGUCGCCGCGGCACAAGAAGGAGGAGGCGGCGGACAGGCUGGAGCUGAAGGAGCUGUCUGUGCAGCGCCCCCCGGAGACGCCGCAGAGAGCGCCUCCCAACGGCCACCGGCGCGCCGAGACCACCUCGCUGGGCACGCUGCCCGCCGGCCCUCCUGCAGGCCCCGCACGCCCUCUGCGCCUGCCGUCUGGGAACGGCUACAAGUUCCUGUCGCCCGGACGGCUCUUCCCUUCCUCCAAGUGCUAGGCGGCCGGCCGGGGCCCCGGGGGCCAGUGCAGGAGGCUCCUGGACUGCUGACCUCCGAACC